AUGUCAGGCGUCCGCGGCCCCACGUCGGCCCUCACCGAGUUCCUCCGCGAAAGGGGCAUCACUGCUCGCAACACCAACCGCUUCAGGCGCAGAGACGCCGAUCAAGCUGAGCAGCAGCAGCAAGCAGAGGCAGCGCAGGGGCAGCAGGAUGCCCAGCCUGUGCAGCCCUCGCCCCGUGCCCGACCCCCUUCAGCCUCGCCCGCCCUCCGAAGGUCGGAGUCGGGCUCAGCCUCCCCCGCCACCGCCGUACGUCGUCGAGCUGCCGCGGGUGCCUCCAUGCGCUUCGACGAGGAGGAUGACUCGGACGACGACGACGACCCCGACGAGGAGGACGCCUAUGUCCCUGAUGCUCAAGAUGCAGCUGGACCCAGCUCCUCGGGCAGAGGUGUCAAGCGUGGCGCAGCAAGGGCGACGAGGAGCGCUGCCAAGAAGGCGAAGAAGGGUGCAGGCGAUGACGACGACGACGACUACGAAGACCCAGCUGGCGCCUUUGGCCUGCCUGAGGCAAGCAGCUCAAGGAGCAAGUUCAGCUACGCGGACAGGGCGCCCGGCAGCAUCGCGUACUGCGGCGGCUGCAAGGCCAAAUUCACCGUGACGCAGUACACCAAAGCCGGCCCCUCUGGCCCGCUCUGCCACCGCUGCGGACCCCUCUACAAGAGCGACGGGGCCAAGGCGGCGGACAAGGACGACGCAUACCGGCCACCGGCGCCAAAGAAGAGGCAGGCCCGUCGGAAGUUCCAAAACAUCCUCGACGCUGGUCACCGCACGGUGCCGACGCUGCAGAGCCUCUGCAUCGCCAUCAUCAGCAACUACAUCGAGGACAUGGAGGCGCUGGGCAACAUCGGCGACCAGAACCUCGACGCCAUCAGCAAGAGCAUCUCCAAGAACCGCAGCCUCAACCCGAGGACGUUGCAGCUCUUCCUGCUUCCGGACAUCACCACGCUCUCACUCUACGACUGCAGCAAGCUCCACAGCGAGUCGCUCCAGACGAUACCGACGUUUGCGCCCAGGCUCCGCCGCAUCAACCUGCAGCUCUGCGGUCAGCUCGACAACAGCACCAUCGACCUGUGGGCUGUCAAGCUGCCGGAACUGCGCGACGUCGAGCUAUACGGCCCUUACCUCGUCCGCAAGGAGGCGUGGCACCGCUUCUUCCGCACCGUCGGCAAGAGGCUCGAGUCGUUCAAGAUCCGCGAGUCGCCCCGCUUCGACAUCGGCUGCGCCCGCGAGAUGGUGGAGCACUGCCCCAACAUCCGGGAGCUCGGCCUGGCGCAGAUCGGACCGCUCGACGAUGCCAUGCUGCAGCCGCUCGAGACGUACAAGUCGCUCACCUACCUCGACAUCUCGGACCCGGGUGUCUCUGCCCCCGGCAUCCCGCCCAAGUCGCUCGAGGAUGCGGGCGUCAUCUCGCUGCUCAAGGCCGUGGGCGGCAAUCUCGCCUUCCUCGACAUUUCCAAGAACGCCGAUCUGACCGACAAGGUCGUGCUCGAGGGCAUCGCACCCAAUUGCAAGCACCUGCAGACGCUGCGCAUGGUCGGCCUGGAAAAGGUCACCUCGGAGGCCAUGGUGACGCUGUUCAAGACCAUGCCGCGCCACACCAGCGACGACGGCGAGGUGUCGGGCAUUCGUCGCCUGUGCCUCGACCGCAUGCUCGAGCUCGGCGACGAGGUACUGCCGGCGCUGCUCGAGCACAGCGGGCCAGAUCUCGUGGAGCUGAGCCUCAACUCGGUCGACAAGCUGACGGGCAAAGGCCUCGCGCUGCUCGCCAAGUCCUGCCCCAACCUCGAGAAGCUCGACUUGGGCUUUUGCAGGAGCGUCGACGACGCCGUGCUCGAUGAGAUCUGCAAUGGCUGCAAGAAGCUCCGGGUCGUCUACGUGUUUGGCUGCAACCGGGUGAGCGACUUUGCCAAGUCGGACAGGGUCAAGAUCGUCGGCAAGGAGAGGUACGCCAAGUAG